AUGUCAAGAAAUACACAUCAACAUGAAGAAAAUGAAAGAAAUCCAACGACGAGGUUACCAUCACCAGUACGUCAGUGUGUGUCUAAUUAUGUCAAAUGCGGAUUAACAGAAACUCAAAUUAAAAAGACGGUAACCAUUAAUUAUUCUCAAGCAUCAGUUGAUGAAACUAAAUUACAUAAUUUGAUUACAUAUGAACGAAGAAAAGAUAGGCCAAAAAUAUUUUCUGUUUAUGAUAUGCGAAACUGGUGUAAUGAACAUAAAGAAAAUGCUAAUCGUCAUUUUAAACCAUUUGGAAUGGCAUUAAUAUCUACUGAUGAAGAUUCAGAAUGUUUUAUUCAUUUAUUUAAUUCAAUUAAUGCAUUGUUUCUUCAAGAAUUUAAUGAACCUUGUCCAAUUAAUCCAAUAAUGGCAGACGGUGCACCAGCAAUUACAAACGCCCUAAAUAUGGUAUUUCCAAAUAGUCGAAGAUUAAUGUGUUGGAGCAAUAUGAUAAAAAAAUGCCGUCAUCAUCGUAAUUUAGUUAAUAAAAAUGACUGGUUAAUGAUCGAUAAAGACAUUCAUGCACUUCAAUUGGCCUUUACUGAUGAUAUAUUUGAUCGUGGUGUUUUCUUAUUGUUACAAAAAUGGAACCAAAUACCAUUGAUAAAACAAUUUGUUAAUUAUUUUACUGAUCAAUGGGUUUCGAAUUUGUGCUAUUGGUACGAAGGAGCAGCAUUUAGUAAACCAUCAACAAACAACGGCCUUGAAUCGCUUAGUGGAAUUAUCAAACAAAAAUAUACUUUACGCAACAAAUUACAUUUAUCUGCUUUUCUACCUAAGGUAGAAGUUAUGUUAUCCGAUUGGUCUCAAGCAAGUAUUACAACACCAUUUGCUACUGUAACUGAUAUAACUUCCGAAAUGGAAUUACAUGCAUAUCAAUGCGUUAUGCCAACAUCAACAUGGCUAGAUCUUUACAAAUCAAGUAAAUGGACAUCAUUUGAUCAUUAUGUUGCUUGGAAAUCAUCGUGUUGGAUGGUAUCACCACUUAGUUCUUGUACAUAUCCAGUUGGACUUAAACAAUAUCGGUGCAAACAUUCAAUUGGAUUGGCUAUGAUGUUCAACAUUUACAAAGUUAAAGACGAAUCUCGUAUUAUUCCACUAGGAAAACGAAGAGCUCCAGGUCGUCCAAAAAAAUUCUUGUCUUAA